AAAUUGUAACUCUUUCCUUCGUUCAUGUUUACCACGUGAAGAUUGAUCAUCGAAACAGAAUCAAAAGUGAUUCUCAAGUCAAUUUGCUAACAGCGAGUUCUUCAAAAAUAGUUUAUCGGAAAAAGUUGACUUAAAAAAUUUUGGUGGGUGCUUUUUUUCUCAUAUCAUAACGAUAUGUCGAGGUCUUCAAUGGGGAGAAGGUUUUACAGGGGGGAAUCAUGUAGCAAUUUGGUGGGUCUUCUGGACAGGGGACAACAAGCUGAGGAGGAUAAUAGAUGGACUUUCGAAGUAGCCUGGGAAGCUGCUAACAAAGUUGGUGGUAUCUAUACAGUGAUAAGAUCAAAGGCUUACAUCUCCACUGAAGAGAUGGGAGACCAAUACUGCUUGCUAGGACCUUACAAAGAAUCUUGUGCCAGAACAGAAGUUGAGGAAGGUCCAUUGGGUUCAGAUGUACUUAAUGAUGCUGUACAAGUUCUCAGGGAAAAAGGCUAUAGGAUUGUUACAGGAAGAUGGUUAGUAGAUGGUAACCCUCAGAUAAUCCUCAUGGAUAUAGGAUCAGUUUCUUGGAGAUUGGAUGAAUUCAAGGCUGAAUUGUGGGAUAAGUGCAAUCUAGGAGUGCCACAUCUUGAUAUAGAGACCAACGAUGCCAUCAUCUUAGGACAUAUGGUUGCAGAAUUUAUAUCUGAAUUCAAAAAUAUCACUGAGGCAAGGGAAGAAGAGACACAACCAAAAAUAGUGUGUCAUUUUCAUGAAUGGCAGGCUGGUGUAGGACUUAUCUACCUACGUAUCAGACAUGUUAAUGUAGCAACAGUUUUCACCACCCAUGCCACCUUGUUAGGGAGGUAUUUGUGCGCAGGUAGCACAGAUUUUUACAACAACUUGGAUAAGUUUAACGUGGAUAAUGAAGCUGGAAAAAGGCAAAUUUACCAUAGAUAUUGCAUGGAGAGGGCAGCUUCCCACUUAUCUCACACUUUUACCACUGUCUCGGAUAUUACAGGCUACGAAGCAGAGCACUUGCUCAAGAGGAAACCUGAUGUCAUAACCCCCAAUGGUCUGAACGUUAAAAAGUUUUCAGCCCUACACGAGUUCCAAAAUCUACACGCCCUUUCCAAAGACAAAAUUCACGAAUUUGUCAGGGGUCACUUUUACGGCCAUUACGAUUUCGAUUUGGACAAAACUCUGUAUUUUUUCAUUGCCGGACGUUACGAAUACGGAAAUAAGGGAGCAGACAUAUUCAUCGAGGCUUUGGCAAGGCUUAAUCAUUAUUUGAAGUCGACCAAUUCGGAUGUGACAGUUGUGGCCUUCAUGAUUUUCCCAGCUAAGACUGCUAAUUUCAACGUUGAAUCUCUGAGGGGACACGCUGUUACCAAAAGUUUGAGAGACACUAUCGUAGACAUACAGAGUAGGAUGGGCAAAAGGAUGUACGAAAUUUGUUUGAGUGGUCGCCUACCAGAAUCGAGUGAACUCUUGCAGAAGGACGAGAUGGUCAGGCUCAAACGAUGUAUAUACUCAUUGCAAAGACAAGGACUACCACCAGUCACAACGCAUAAUGUUGUUGACGAUUGGCAGGACCCUGUCUUGUGUGGAGUCAGAAGAUGCAAUUUGUUCAAUACCUCAAGUGACAGAGUCAAGGUAGUAUUUCAUCCAGAAUUCUUGAGUUCAACGAAUCCACUGUUUGGUCUGGAUUAUGAAGAAUUCGUUAGGGGGUGUCACUUGGGGGUUUUUCCAAGUUAUUACGAACCUUGGGGGUACACACCAGCUGAGUGUACGGUUAUGGGAAUUCCUAGUAUUACCACAAACUUAUCAGGUUUUGGAUGCUUCAUGCAGGAGCAUGUUGUUGACCCUAAGUCCUACGGUAUUUACGUAGUGGACAGACGCUAUAUCUCGUUGGAGGACUCUGUACAACAACUAGCGCAGUUCAUGUUCGAUUUUGCACGUUUAAACAGGAGACAACGUAUAAUCCAGAGAAACAGAACAGAACGUUUGAGCGACCUAUUAGAUUGGAGAAAUUUGGGCGUUUAUUAUAGAGAAGCCAGGAUUAAAGCACUGAAAGCUGUUUAUCCAGACUUCAAGGACGUUCUGGAGAACAGGAUGGGUGGUUUGAACUUUUCCAGGCCUUAUUCUGAACCACCAAGUCCUAGUUCUAGCAAAGUGACUACUCCAGCUGCCUCUUUACAUGGCAGUGACGAUGAAGGAGACUCAGUCGAUGAAGAAGGAGAGUUGGCUGAACUCCAGAUCAACCAUAAGUGAAAUUGGGAAGCCCUGUUUAGCAACCGAAUCCUAUAACUCAAUCUCAACCCUUUCAAAUUGAUAAUACUCUGAGUAACCAAGGCUAAAACUGAACAGAAUCAGAAAUCAGUGAACGAGACUGCUCAACAAUCGUGCCAUUGGAUAUUUUUCUUUAGGAAACUUAUCGAAAAACCUUUUUAGGGAACUGUAAUACUCGCAUACAUUUCAGAAGAGAAUCAUCUUCGUUAAUCUCUGCAGUAAUAGAGACUUUUCUUCCUUACCUAGUGACAAUUGACCUAUCCUUAAAAAAACGUUAUACUCUGGAAUCUGAGGUAUUUCAAUUUUAAAUUAAUGAUAUCUAGAGAUAUUUUUUUAAUAUUUUAAACUUGUUGCAAUGUUUUAUUCAAUAAAUGAAUAUUCUGUUGAA